AGAGUUGUGGACCUGAAGUACUGCAUUGGCAAUGGCAGUGUCAAUUUCCCGACUCAGCAGAUUCCCAGCGGCAUCUUCAACAACACGCAAGUCAUCAUUGGGGGCCAGUCCCAAAUUGUGACCAUCAACAGGCAAUGGCGUGUGGCAAUCAUUGAGAGAAGGAACGUCACCGGGUCCUGGAAAACCAUCUGGAACUACAACACGGGUGUCAUUGCAACCAAAGUCACGCAACAAAACACCUGCUACAUUUCCAUCAUGAACAGAAGCGAGAUGCCCCGCUUUGAUAACCUGGCCCACCUGGCACAAGAGAGCAGGAACCUGAUUGGCGUUUUUGGAAGACCUACCAAGAAGAUCACCUUUGUCACCAAUGGACUGGUCAACAACCUCUACUCCUACGGAAUAAACAUCGCGGCUAUGUGCAGUGGACUCACCACCUACCUGGCUUCCGAAGUUCACACUUUCCAAGGACCCCAGGGGAAUCUGGGAUCCUGCAUUACCCUCGAUGUCCUGAGAGUUGUAGAGCUGCAGUACUGCAAUAGCAAUGGCAAUUGGAAUGGCAAUUGGAAUGGCAAUUGGAAUGGCAACGGCAAUGGCAACUGGAAUGGCCAAUGGAAUGGCAAUUGGAAUGGCAAUGGCAAUGGCAACUGGAAUGGCCAAUGGAAUGGCAUUGGCAAUGGCAACUGGAACAACAAUUGGAAUGGCAUCGGCAAUGGCAACUGGAACAACAACUGGAAUGGCAAUGGCAAUGACAACUGGAACAACAAUUGGAAUGACAUCGGCAAUGACAACUGGAACAACAACUGGAAUGGGAAAGGCAACUGGAACAACAAUUGGAAUGGCAAUUGGAACGGCAAUGGCAAUUGGAAUGGAAAUUGGAAUGGCAAUUGGAACGGCAAUGGCAAUUGGAACGGCAAUUGGAAUGGCAAUUUCCCGACUCAGCAGAUUCCCAGCGGCAUCUUCAACAACACGCAAGUCAUCAUUGGGGGCCAGUCCCAAGUUGUGACCAUCAACAGGCAAUGGCGUGUGGCAGUCAUUGAGCAAAGGAGCUACAGCGGGUCCUGGAAAACCGUCUGGAACUACAACACGGGUGUCAUUGCAACCAAAGUCAGGCAACAGAACACCUGCUACAUUUCCAUCAUGAACAGAAGCGAGAUGCCCCGCUUUGAUGACCUGGCCCGCCUGGCACAAGAGAGCAGGGUAAGGUUCCAAAGCAGUGGCAGGUUCCUGGCCAUAGACAUCACUGGGCCAUUUCUUCAUGUGCUUUUUCUUUCUGGACACCAUCAGGUUGUGUCUUGUGGCAGAGUUUCCUGUCUCUCAACAGUAAUGCAGAUUAGGAAUUUGUUGUAGGAAUGCUUUCCCAAAAGAAAGG